GGUCGAAGCUCGCUCGGGGAAGUCGGGGAUAUAAAAAAAAAGAGCAGAGGAGACAGAUUUAAAUUUCUAAUAAGGGCGUUUUCACACUACGGUUCUUAUCCGAUUCCGAUGGUAGACUUGGAAGUAGUAGUGCGAGUGCGACUGUCAUGGACAAAAUAACCAAAAAAAAAAGGAUGUAGUGCGAAUGCGGAGGAAAAAAAAACUUGUAAAUAAACGUCAAAGUGUUUGACUGCUGCAACCUAAAUUCUUGAAAUUAACGAAUAAAGUAAAGCAAUUUGUGUAAUUUCACGGGAAACUAGACUUUUAUAAAUAUUCAAGAGUUCAAUGUCAAUAAAAAAUGAACAAAAAUUACGAAAGAUGUACGCAUUGCAAUCGUCGCAAAUGGCUUACAACGGGUUGUCUCCGUAAAUGGCUCAAACCAAUGGAAUGUAAACAUUUACAGAGAACUAUCGAUAACAAAAGAGAUUUGAGCAAUGCAGAUAUUGUUAAUUGUGUGUUUUUACCGGAACGAAAGCCUUCUGUUAACACAAAUAUGUUUGUGAAAUUUUGGAAGAACAAACUCCUUAUCACAGGCAGUGUAAGGUCAUUACAAAGAUAUUUUGGUCAUAAAAAUGAAUACUGCAGCUUAACCAAGUCCAGUGAACCGUCUACGUCUACUGAAAAGAGGUUAGGAGCCGCUAUAGGCUAUGAAAGCAAGAAAGAGGCUGAAUCUAAUAAACAAACUCUCAAGUGCCAACACUCAGAUGGCCACUCUGUUCUUAGAGGACACCACCAACAUGCGUCAUUGGAGACUUGCGCUAUAUAUUGCCAGUUGUCCAAACAUGGUUGGUACUGGGGCGGCAUCACAUCAAGUGAAGCUGAAGAACUGCUUGCAGGACAGCAGGAUAAUGUAUUUCUUGUUCGAGACUCUUAUGACUCUCGUCACAUUUUAUGUGUCUCCUUCCGAUGUGUGGGCCGCACUCUACAUGCAAGACUCCGCCAUGCAAAUGGUCUGUUUUCUCUCAACAAUGAAACAUUUGUGCCAGCUAAUCGAAUAUCGGAACAUUGUGCUGCUGUGGAUGUUAAAUACAACUCCAAUAUAUUUGCUGAGAUGCCAGUCAAGUUGGCUAGGCCUCUGAACAGGUUUGCAAGACUGGACUCCCUCCAAAUGAUUUGCAGAUUUGUUAUAAGACAAACUGUUUCUGCGAAUGUGUGGGAUAAGUUACCAUUACCAACAAAUUUAAUAUCCUACAUAUCUAAAGGCAGUGAUUACAUAGUACCUGUAUAGGUAUAAUGUAAUCAACAGCGUGCCUUCAAUGUUCAAUGCAUAUAUUCUUUGUGUAUGAACUGUCACUGUAAUUUGUAACAAUGUAAAAAGUGUUCAUAAAAUUUUAUACAAAACAUAUUUUAAUAAACGUGAUUAUGUAAUCUUA